CAUCACCGCAUCUGUCUCGCACCUGCUUGGCACGCCCUUGUCGAGUGUGCAGGUCACAAGUUGCUCUCCUGCCUGCCCAUUAUCGGAGAACAAAUCUUUUUUUUUUUUCAGUCUCUCAAAGCCCUCCUCCUCCCUCCUCUUCCUUCCCCCUCCUUGAGCCGCCCGGCACCGGAGUCGUUAUAACCCUCGCGCGUGGAUGUCUAUUGCGCUCCAUCCUUCUUCUCCUUCUUCUCGUCGUCGCCAUCGCCUCUGCUGCUGCUCCACUCUCAAACUAUAAUAGAAGUCAAAGCAAGCCAGUAGGAGCAAUGACAGACCCGACCAGCCGAGAGUCCUACCCAGUCCCGGACUUGACCAUAGUGGACCCGUCUGCAGUCACAGUGCGGAACGGCCAGCGCGCCCCGGAUGGCUUCGGCAAUAACCAUCACAACCACAACAACCAGCAACAGCACGUCAAGAGCCCCAUCCAGCAUGAGGCGCUCACCUCCGGACAAGAGAUGAAAAUCACAGACAAUGUGGAGGGAGAAGGUCUGUUGGAGAGCAGCAUGCGCCUGAAGCCUCACGAAGCUCAGGACUACAGGAAGAAGGCGCUCUGGGUCUCGUGGGUCUCCAUCGUGGUCACCCUCAUUCUUGCCGUGACGGCGUUCACCGUAUCGUUCACGAGACACAGCGCAUCGGCCUUCGGAUUUGCCUUUGAUGCCACCUUGGAUGUUCUCUCAUCAAUCAUUGUGCUGUGGCGCUACAGCAACGCGGCCGCCGUGCACUCGGCGCACCGAGAAUACAUAGCAUGCGUGGUCCUCGGAAUUGUCUUUCUGCUCUGUUCCCUGUGUAUUCUUGGAAAAGCAAUUCAUAAUUUGGUUACCAGGAUGCCCCCAGAAGUGGAUGACUUCCUCUUCAGUGUGUCCAUCGUGAGUGGAUUUGUGUGCACCGCGCUGGCUGUUGCCAAAUUCUGGCUGGGCAGAGUGCUCACGAGCCGCGCACUCAUUACGGAUGGCUUUAAUUCUUUGGUUGGCGGUAUCAUGGGAUUUACCAUUCUUAUCAGCGCCCAAGUAUUCAAGGACCACCCCGAUGUCUGGUUCCUGGAUGGCUUGAUCGGAGUUCUCAUCGGUCUCAUCAUCUUGGCAUAUGGGGUCAAGCUUUUAAUGGACAUGGUGCCCCGUGUGAGGCAAACACGGAACUACGAGCGCUUUGAGUGAGCUUCGUUGACUGGUCACCUCCCUGCUCUCGUCGUCUCUUUCCUUCGUAGCGCUUGGACAUAGAGGCGUACCGUCAUCUCAAGCGUACACUGAGAACUGUCUAUGCUGCAUUCAUCCAUUCUCAACCCCCAUUUAUAAUUUGCUUUGUAAUACAAAGGCAAAAGAUUCAAAGUGUAGCAGCAUGGAGGCAGCAACCGUAACUGGUCUGUAAAUGUAAUGUGUCAAAAAAACAAAAAAACAAUACGCAAACAUCAUGUUUGCACAUUCUGUAGGCGACACUGCUGAAUAGUCUCCAUUGGAAUUAACUGGUGCCUUUUUAAGGUAUUCACCCUUUCAUAUAGGUCACGCUCAUAUAUUUAUUUAUUUAUUUAUUCCAUGAAUUUUAUUUGAUCUGAAAGUGUUUUUUGCGACACAAACUUGAACUGAUAUCUUUUAAUUGUUAUUGAAAAGUGAACUAAAGGAACAAUAAUAAUACUCAAGUUUGUAUAGAAGGAUUUUCAGCGACAGUAUAUCGACAAAGUUCCUAAUCAAAUCAUCAAUCGUGCGGGAGUAGACUUCAACCCAAUUUGGGUUCAAAAUUGGACCGACCCAGGUUUUUUUUUUUUCCAAAACAACCCUUCCUGGGCCGGUCCAAUUUUUAAGCCAGCGGUUUUAAGGCUCAUGCUGUGUUUUGUUUGUAACUUCCUCUCAGGUUUUGAUUAUCAAUACAAAGGCACUGAAAUCGGAAGUCCUGUGCCACAGUCUUGGACUUGAAAUAUCUCCUAUUUACCUUUUGUUUGAACAUUCUUUUGGCAAAGUUGGAUACCAUAACCUCAAGCAAGGCACACACAUUCCAAUUUGUAAAAUGUGAUCGACCGUCAUGCAGGUUCUGGUAAUUCCCAAAAGGUCGACCGGAGGCAAUUGGACCGUUGCCUUUGCUGCUCACCGUGACGGAUGGAGCAGAAUGUACAACUCUGCUAAUACAGUGCACAUUAUAUUCUGAAUUUGCUCACCAGCA